CUUUUUCCCUUCAAACUAAGAAAUGUUUGUAAUGCUGUUUUGUGACGAGAAGGGAACCUGUACACAAUAUGCAUGCACGCUGCAUGCAUUAGAAAGCAAGUGAUGUAUAAAGAAUUUAUUUCCACAGUAAGAAUCUAAAGGAAGAAGAAACAACGUUUUGGACAGAAGCAUUCACCAGGAGAGACACAGAGACAGAGAGAGAAAGAAUCCCAUGUAGGCCUUACAGACACACACCAACUCUGAAUGAUUUAUUCACACUGGCCUCGUUGUUUGUUUAACCAAAGUCCAUCCAGCCCUCAUCGAACAGACUUGUGCGCGAUAAAGGACACUCCAGUCGCGACCAUCGCAUCUGUUGGCAUACCUGUGAUUGCAAUUAACACGACCUUUUUUGUAUUUAAGGCGAUCGGAUGCGAUUUGAGAAAGAUUUGGCUGCUAUUUCUGUUUAACAGAAGGGCUGCAUAGAUUGCCCUGUUUCUCUCUUUCAUUGGUUCCUUCGCCGUUGUUGAUAUUUUCGGAAGCAGCUCAUGGUGAAUUUCUUAUUUAAGCAGACACUUAAAGAACACUUAACGAAAACGAUCGAACAGAUUGUAAAUCUAUUUUAUCGACCCCCUCGAGAGAGAGAGAGAAGGAAAGACAAAGUCGACCUCAGCAAGAUUUGAAUUCAAAAAACACUUUGUUGAUAAAAAAAGGUUUGUUUAUGGCUGCUACAUUUGGGGGAAAGAAAAAACAGAUCAAUCGCCCGCAUAGAAGCUAGAAUUCGAGAAAUCAAAGCUGGAAUUGGUGAUGGACACAGUGAAGCUUGCAUCAUAGAUGAGAAGAAAACACACAUGAAGACCCAUUGAGAGAGAAAUCUGGUUCUAAUUAACAGUGGACUGAGCGGAUUCUGUGGAUAGAUUUCUUCAAGUUGUGUUCUAUUCUCAAUUUCUCUCUGUUAGUUCAGCUAAGUCCAAAAUGGAAGAAGCUAGGCAAUACUUCCCAUUUGAAAUGCUACCUGACCUUUGCAAGCAAAAGAUCUUCUCUUACCUGAAUGCUGUGGAUAAAGGCCACUCAGCGCAGGUGUGUACUAAUUGGCGAGAUCUCAUGUCUUCGUCUGUUUGGGACACAAUUGAUCUUUCAUCAGACUUGGGAUUCGGGUGUCUUCCGUCGGCAACCCAUUCGGUGGAGGGCAAAGAGUGCCAUGAAUGUUACUGCAAGAGGGUUAAUGAUUUCUUCAUAUAUCUCAACCGAAUACAGCCUACCAUACGUCGCUUGGAUUUUUAUUUUGAUAUCGGAGACAUUAACAACAACAGCAACAACUACCUGGACAACAUCCAGCGUGGACUUAUUCCAUCACUCUGUAAGCACUUGCGUUAUGUCCGUGUGAACUGGAAGGACUCGAGAGACCGAUGGCUCGAUCCGGGUCACCAGCCAGAUCAAGAUGCCGUGUACAGCUACAAACUGCAUCUACGACGGUUCGCACAUUUCUUUGAGUAUUUCACAACAAUUGUACCAUCUCUCACCACUUUAAUUCUACCAUUUGAUUGGAACCAAAAGACAAUACAAAGCUUAACUCGGCUCAAGAGCCUUCAGUCACUAGUCUUGAAACGGGUUGUCUGUAGUCAAUCUCUGAUGCAGAGCCACUUGGAUCUCGUUCUCUCAGAGCUUCCGUCUUUGAAACAGUUGCUCUUAGAAGUAUGGUUACCAAGUGGGGAUGGACUGAUUCCGUACACACUAAAAUCUGAUUCACUAGAAAAUUUGGACAUUUCCGAAAGUCAUGGACUUUAUCUAAAUCAUGUGGAUAUGCCUCAUUUGAAAGGCAUUCGUAUCGCACGUCACAUUUUACAUGGACCCUUAAAAACAUUCAACAGAUUAAAUCUGCCGUGUUUGCACAGUGUACUGUCAAACGGGGCACCAACACUCUCAAAAAUUAACGAUCAUUAUCUUCAACCUAAUUGGCGCCACGAAAUUUAUGUGACUUUGGAAGAAGUGCUUCGGGCGGUCUGUUCUUGCCGGAACCAUCUCACUGAUUUAAUUGUGUGAGUGUUGUUAGAAGGUACCACAAUUUGUUUUUUUAAUCUUUACAAACAGGUGUUGUAAGGAAAGGUG